AUGAUGGAUCACAAAGAAGAGAAAUCCUCAAAGGGCAAAGAGGUGUCAAGAUUGCCUUUAAAGACACUAUCGGCUAAAUGAAAGUCAAGCAGGAUAAAUUGGAAAGCAGCUAGAUGGUGCUCUUUGGAUCACCAUGGAAAUGCAAAGUUGGAAAGGCAACUACUGAUGCAGAACGAGAUGAGAGUGAGACAAACAGCCAUGCAGAUUGCGUGGACACGGGAAUUUAUCAAAUAUUUUGGGACAUUUUAUGGAUGUGCUGUCAUAGGCUUAACAGCUGGAGCAAUAAGAAAGAAGAAUGCAGGAGUUCUACUGCCAAUAGUUCCCUUAAGCUUUAUAUUUGCCUAUCAUUAUGAUAUGGGCUAUAGGACACUGUUACAAAGGAUAAAAGGUGAAGCAGAGAACAUACUGGACACACAGAGCACAUUGCUAGAAUUGCCAAAAGGACCACUUACUUAUGAAGACCUGGAGAAAAUCAGAAGAUCUCAGAGCAAAUUCUUCAUAGAAAAAUAG